CUAACGUGUCUAACGCUUGUUCUCAUGUUAUUUCCACUAUUCUUUCAGGGAAGUAGUUGGUUCACUACUCUAAAGCAUGAUGAUAACCUGAGAGAAAGAAAUCAAGAAUCCAUUUCUUUUGAAUCUUGAAUUUCUCAUAAUGGCGCUUCAGCUGCAGCUGCAGCCAACUAUGAUGAAAAAUGGAGUAUUUCAGUACCCUUGUGCAGUUAGACCUUUUGGGAAUAGAAAAAAAGUUUCUUUUCAAGCACAAGCCACUCCUACAAGAACCCAGAGGAUAAUGGAGGGAAUGGCAGUAAGUGGGGAAGUUGGUGGCGCUGGUGGUUCAUACUCAUAUAGUGCAUUAAAAAGAUUGGACCAGCUGUGGUCUAAAAUUUGCUCUGCUUCGGCAGUUGUAGAAGAACCCCAGAAAGUAGUUUCCUCUGUCCCUGGAUCAUUCAAAGAUUCUGAUCAAGGUGGAAAUUCGGAGGAAAUGUUCGAUGUCAUUGUUUGUGGAGGUACUUUGGGAAUCUUCAUUGCCACAGCAUUAAGUUCCAAAGGUCUUCGCGUUGGAGUCGUGGAAAGGAAUGUUUUAAAAGGGAGGGAGCAAGAAUGGAACAUCUCAAGGAAAGAGCUACUGGAACUUGUUGAAGUUGGCAUUUUAACUGAAGACGACAUUGAAGAGGCUACUGCUGCCAGUUUCAACCCUAAUAGAUGUGGAUUUGAAGGGAAGGGGGACAUUUGGGUCCAGGGCAUUCUCAAUCUUGGAGUUUCGCCUGUAAAGCUUGUGGAGAUUGUGAAAGAGCGUUUCGAUUCCCUUGGAGGUGUCACGUUUGAAGGUUACAGCGUCUCUAACAUAUCCGUGUAUCAGGAUGCAGCCGUGUUGCAACUAAAGGAGGGAAAGACUUUAUUCUCACGUCUCAUCAUUGAUGCAAUGGGCAAUUUUUCUCCUAUUGUAAAGCAGAUUAGAUGUGGAAGGAAACCAGAUGGUAUGUGCCUUGUCGUUGGUACUUGCUGCCGUGGUUUUAAGGAGAACUCUACUAGUGAUGUCAUAUUUAGCAGUGCCUCCGCUAAAGAAGUUGGCCAGUCACCAGUCCAAUAUUUCUGGGAGGCAUUUCCUGCUGGCUCGGGUCCCAUAGACCGAACCACUUAUAUGUUCACUUAUGUUGAUCCUCAACCGGGAGCUCCGCAGCUGGAAGAGUUACUAGAAGAUUACUGGGAUUUGAUGCCAAAGUACCAGGGCGUGUCUUUCGACGAUCUGGAAAUCUUGAGGAUAAUAUAUGGCAUUUUCCCAACAUAUAGAGACAGUCCAUUGCCAGCAGCUUUUGAUCGUAUUUUACAGUUUGGGGAUGCAAGCGGCAUACAGUCACCAGUUUCUUUUGGUGGUUUUGGGAGCUUGACUAGGCACCUAGGGAGAUUGACUACUGGUAUAUAUGAAGCACUUGAAGGCAAUUUUACAGACUCUAAAAGCUUGUCAAUGUUGAAUCCUUACAUGCCAAACUUGAGUUCUUCCUGGUUAUUUCAAAGGGCAAUGUCAGCAAAGAAGCAGUCCAAUAUUCCACCAGAUUUCAUCAAUGAACUUCUUUUUGUCAAUUUCAUGAGUAUGCAGAAACUAGGGGAUCCUGUCUUGAGACCUUUUCUUCAGGAUGUUAUACAGUUUGGGCCUCUUGUGAAAACACUAGGCCUCGUAAUGUUAACGAGACCUCAGAUUCUUCCAUCAAUAUUCAAGCAGGUUGGAAUUCCUGUGCUUCUUGACUGGUCUGGACAUUUUGUCAUGUUGGGAUACUAUACAUUUCUCUCUACCUUCCUUGACCCCGCAAUUAGGCCAUUGAUAGGGUCAUUUCCAGCCAAGAUGAGAUACGAAUGGAAGCGCGGACUUGAAGCUUGGCAAUAUGGAGCUGGUUUAGACUACAAACUGAGUCCCUCUGAAACUCAUGAGACUGCUAAAAAAUCAGAUCCUAGUAAAGAAACUUUUAGUACCAAUAGCCUUCCAUAAUUCCUAGCACAGUAUUAGCAGAAAUAUAGAGUAUGAAAUGUGUAUAUGCUAUGACCAGCUGCAGUAGCCAAUGAUUCAGUUCUCAAACUACCUUUAUUACAGUA